AUAUUUCGUUCCACUCGCACAAAAUCGAAAUUCCCCAACCAGUGAUCGAAGCUCUCUCUGCUUCCUCGAAACAACCCAAGGAGAAGGAGGAGAGAUAAGAUGCAGAUCUUCGUCAAGACCUUGACCGGCAAGACCAUCACUCUCGAAGUCGAAAGCAGCGACACCAUCGACAAUGUCAAGGCUAAGAUUCAGGACAAGGAAGGGAUUCCACCAGAUCAGCAGAGGCUGAUUUUUGCCGGGAAGCAAUUGGAGGAUGGAAGAACCCUUGCUGACUACAACAUUCAGAAGGAGUCGACUCUUCACCUGGUGCUCAGGCUCAGGGGAGGGACUAUGAUCAAGGUGAAAACUCUGACAGGGAAAGAGAUCGAGAUCGAUAUCGAACCUACCGAUACCAUUGAUAGGAUCAAGGAAAGGGUUGAAGAGAAGGAAGGAAUUCCCCCAAUUCAGCAGAGGCUCAUCUAUGCGGGGAAGCAGCUUGCAGAUGACAAGACAGCCAAAGAGUACAACAUUGAAGGUGGCUCAGUGCUUCAUCUUGUGCUUGCUCUCAGGGGUGGUAGCUUUUAGAUUCUUAGUUUGGUCUCAAAGCAACAAGCAGCUCCUAGUUAUUGAGC